AUGACUCUCCUCACAGCCCUCGGCCUCCGCCGCAAAAACGACUGGGAGCCCCUAACCCUUAUCGACGCCAUCCUUCUCUCACCCCUAAACCUCCUCGUCACAAUCAUCUACAGCAUAAUCCUCUUCCUCCGCGGUCGACCCUUCACCCCGCCCCGCGACAAGCCCGCCAUCCGCGUCGUCUGUCUCUCCGACACCCACGACCGCACCGACGUUGACAUACCCCCGGGGGACCUCCUCAUCCACGCCGGCGACCUCACCAACGCCGGCACCGUCGCCGACAUCCAGGCCCAGCUCGACUGGCUCGCCGCUCAGCCUCACCAGCACAAGAUCCUCGUGUGCGGCAACCAUGACAGUUUCUUCGAUCCCAGCGCCCGUCUGCCCGAGGACCGCGGCAAGAGCCUCGAUUUCAAGGGGAUCCGCUAUCUCAUCCGUGAUGCCGUCACGCUGGAGUUCAAGGGUGGCCGUCACUUGAAGAUCUAUGGUGCCCCUGAUAUCCCGACCUGCGGCGGUUCAGAAAUGGCUUUCCAAUAUGAUCGUUCAUCACCGCCCUGGACCAACACGGUACCAAUUGACACUGACGUUUUGAUCACUCACACACCACCAAAAACCCACCUAGACCUAAACCUAGGCUGCCCAGCCCUUCUCCAAGAAGUCUGGCGCGUCCGCCCCAAACUCCACGUCUUCGGCCACGUCCACUGGGGCCACGGCCGCCAGACCGUCCACUUUGACGACUGCCAGCGCGCCUACGAGGCCCUCAUGUCCCGCCCGCCCCGCGGCCUCUUCCGCGACCUCUUCCCCCACGCUGGCUGGCGGGACGCUCUCGCCGUCCUGGGCUACGGCAUACACGGCGUCGUCUGGAAGUGGCUCAUGGUCGGGCCCGGCGGCAACACCAGCAGUCUCAUGGUCAACGCCGCGCAAAUGUACGGCAACACGGGGCGGCUGGGGAACCCGGUGGAAGUAGUGGAUUUGUAA